AUGUCCAGCUCACCGCAGGACCAGGCCGCCCGAGGGUCGUCCGGAAGCAGCUCCUCUCAGAGCAACACCCCGGCCCCUUCAACAGCCACCAGCGGCACCUCCCAGUCUGGCUCGUCACAGGCCGCCUCCUCCACAGAAGAUAACCUUACCUGUCGCUGGAAUGCAUGCAACCAAAAAUUCCCCGCCGCAGAGGCUCUCUAUGACCACCUGUGCGAGCGCCACGUUGGUCGCAAGAGCACCAACAACCUAAACCUCACCUGCCAAUGGAACCAGUGCAGGACGACGACUGUAAAGAGGGACCACAUCACCUCGCACAUCCGCGUUCACGUCCCGCUCAAGCCUCACAAGUGUGAGUUUUGCGGCAAGUCCUUCAAGCGUCCACAGGAUCUUAAGAAGCACGUCAAGACGCACGCCGACGACUCGGCGCUCGUCCGCUCACCUCAGGACCAGGCCGGCGGCCUUAACGUCUAUAGAAACCAAACAACCCCGUCGACUUACUACGACCACAAUGGUCAGAUGAGGGGCGGUGCUGGCCAGGGUUUCCAGCCCUCCCACCCCAGCUACUACGGCGCGCCCCAGCCCUCUACCAACUACGGCCUGUACUUUAACCAGCAGGCCAUCACUACUCCUCGCCACGAUUACCUAGGCCACACCGCCCACAAUGCGGCGGGGCCGGCGACGGGCGGCUAUGACAACCGGAAGCGCCAGAUGGAGAUGGUCGACAACUUCCUCGGUAACGCCAAGAGGCGGCAGGUUGAGCCCAACUCCCCGACCGACUAUAUGCCGGCUGCCACCGGUCCUUCUAUGCACGGUCACGGUCACGGUCACGGCCACGGCCAUGGUCACGGUCAUGGCGGGGGCGGUGGUGGUCCCGCGCCUUCCGGUCCGGGCCCGCUUACGCAAAACUACUAUCUGCCGCCCAUGCCCAACGCACGCACGCAGAAGGACCUAUUGCAGCUCGACCAGAUCCUGGAGCAGAUGCAGAGCACCGUGUAUGAGCACGCGGGCCAGGCCACGCACGGCAUCCAUGUCGUCGGCGGGCACCCCCGCGUGACUCCCUCUCCACCACACGGCCAAAGGGCCGCGCAGGCCGCCGCUAUUGCUGCCGCCGCUGUCGCGGAGGGCUACGGUGCCGGUGUGCCCGUCUCAGCUGCGCACGCGGCCUCGCCGCUCACCAUCCUCUCCUCCACUGGCACUCCUGCUGUGACACCGCCCUCGAGCGCGCUGUCGUACACAUCGGGCCAGUCCCCUAGCCCCUCCACCUCGAGCAUGUCCCCGCAGUCGCGCCACUCCUCGGUCAAUUACCCGAGCCUGCCCGCGCUGAGCUCCGCCUUCCCCGGCCAGUCCACCACGGCCACCCUCGGCCCUACCUUUGAUAUGGACGAGCGCCGCUACCACUCGGGUGGUCUCCUUCAGCGCGCCAAUAACGGCGGCCUGCCUCUGCGCUCGGCCGGUCCAACUCCGACCUCGGCGCCGACGAUGCUGCCGCCGUCGUCAUCUCCCGCUUCUGCUUCGUCAUCUCCCGCCUCGGACGCGCGAUCACCCUCGGCGGACUCUGAGUCCAGCGAGACCCGCGAACGCGAACAAAACUACGACAGAUGGCUCGAGAACAUGCGCACAAUCGAGGAGAUUCGCAAGUGGAUUGGCGAGCGCCUCAAGAGGGGCGACUACGAGCGCGAUGGCCCAAGGUCCCCGCUCCCCAUGGAUGUCGAUCAAGGCAGUCCCGUGCAGCAACGCAAGGUGGAGGUCAAGGCUGAGCAGGGUCUCUAUCCGACCUUGAGGACGUCGUACUAA